AUGUGGGCAAAUCGCCACAAAGACGAUGCUUCACUUAGCAAAGCAGCCCCCCAACACCUGGCUGUUAGGAGGGGUGGAAACACUUGCUGCAGGGUGCCUGGAGCCUCUGCCGGAGAGGACGAGGUGGGGCCUGUGGAGCCUAGGCGGGCUCUCCCUGUGACCAUGGGGUGGCCCGCCAGCAGAACAGACGGCAGAGUGGCAUCUCACCCCUGGAUGCGCCAGCCACCAUUAGCAGUGGGACCCCCUCUGCAGAGUGGCCCCACGCGGCGGCUGGCCGGGGUGCUGCGGGGUUCCUGCUGA